AGGGAGGCCGGACACCCCGCGCCCCGCCGCGGGGCCUCUCCUCCGGAAACGCGUCUGGGAAUCUUUUCCCUACAGAAAAGCUCCUGGAUUCGGGCUUAAGCAAAACCGCCCAUUUGCAUGGCUUUGUUUGCAUGCGUCCGUCUUUGUUCUGUGGGAGCAGCCUUGCAUUACCGGGCAAAACCUGCAUGCAUUCACUCAGAAUUUCACUGUCAGAAAACUGAGGACGUGGGGGGUGAGGUCAGAUCAGAGUCCCCUCUCAUCUGGUAAACUGAGGCCCAGAUGACAGCUCCCUGAUCGCAGCCCUCCACGCUGCCCCCUGCCCCCCAGAGGAGCUGUGCCCAGCCUUCCUCUGCACAAAAUGCCAGGGCUCCAUUCCCCACCCAGGUGGAGCCGCAGGCACUGAGGGAGGACAGGAGCCCCCGGGGGCAGGGCUGGUGGGGCCUCUGGUUUGCAUCUGUGUGCCCUGCCCAGGAGGCCCGCAGGCCCGGAAGGCCAAAGCAAACCGUGGCUUCCUACAACAGGGUUCCAGUCCCCCCCCUUCUAUAGGCAAGAAGCUGGGGAGCCAUUGGCCAAUGCCGGCCCUUUCUAUUUAAACAGCCCCAGCCAGCCCGACAGGGCUACUCGGCUGUGCUGGGCGCAGGGCUGUCUGGCCAGCAUGUCACCCCACUUGGCUCACCAGGUCAGCCUGCUGCUGUCCCUCUCCUGCUGCUGGGCUUGCAGCUGCCACGACGCCGAGUGCUCGCCUGGGUUCAGCCUCCCUGGGGAUUACCUCCUUGCAGGCCUGUUCUCAAUCCACGCCGAGAGUCUGGGGGUGAGACACAAGCCCACUGUGACCCUCUGUGACAGGCCCAACAGCCUCAACGGCCAUGGUUACCACCACUUCCAGGCCAUGCGGUUCGCCGUCCAGGAGAUCAACAACUCCACGGCCCUGCUGCCCAACGUCACGCUGGGAUAUGAAAUCUACGACGUGUGCUCCGAGUCGGCCAACGUGUACGCCGCGCUGAGCGUGCUCUCGCUGCUGGGGACGCACCUCGAGGAGGUCCCGGGAAACCUCAGCCACUCCCCCAUGGCCGUGGCCGUGAUCGGGCCCGACACCACCAAGCGGGCGGCCACCACCGCGGCCCUGCUCAGCCCUUUCCUGGUGCCCCUGAUCAGCUACGAGGCCAGCAGCGAGAUCCUGACUGCGAGCCGGCAGUACCCCUCCUUCCUGCGCACCCUCCCCAGCGAUGAGCACCAGGUGGAGGUCAUGGUGCUGCUGCUGUGGAGGUUCCGGUGGGUCUGGAUCUCGCUGGUGGGCAGCGACGGUGACUAUGGGCAGAUGGGGGUGCAGGCGCUGGAGUACCGGGCCACACAGCAGGGCAUCUGCGUUGCCUUCAGGGGCAUCGUGCCCGCCUCUGCCCAGCCUGGGGACGAGAGCAUGCGGAGCCUGGUGCGCCACCUGGCCCGCGUGAGGACCACCGUUGUGGUCGUCUUUGCCAGCAGGCACCUGGCCAGGGUGUUCUUUGAGUCCGUGGUGCUGGCCAACCUGACGGCCAAGGUCUGGAUCGCCUCGGAAGACUGGGCCAUCUCUAGACACAUCAGCAAGGUGCCGGGGAUCUGGCGCAUCGGCACGGUGCUGGGCGUGGCCAUCCGGCAGAGGUCGGUCCCGGGCCUCCAGGCGUUUGAGGAGGCCUCUGUCCGGGCAGACCAGGGGGCCCGCCCACCUUGCCCGCAGGGCCCCCGGUGCAGCUGCAACCAGCUCUGCAGAGAGUGCCAGGCCUUCACGGAGCAUACGGUGCCCACGCUGGGAGCCUUCUCCAUGAGCUCUGCCUACAACGUGUACCGGGCUGUCUACGCCGCGGCCCACGGCCUCCACCAGCUCCUGGGCUGUGCCUCUGGAGCCUGUUCCAGGGGCCGAGUCGACCCUGGGGAGCUCCUGGAGCAGAUCCGCAAGGUGAAUUUCCCGCUAUACGGGGACUCUUUGGCAUUUAAUGACAAGGGGGACCCGCUCAGUGGCUAUGACAUAAUUGCCUGGAACUGGAUUGGCCUCCAGUGGAACUUCAGUGUCAUUGGCUCCUCCACGUGGUCUCCAGUUCAGCUGGACAUUGAUGAGACCAAGAUCCAGUGGCACGGAAAGGACAACCAGGUGCCCACGUCUGUGUGCUCCAGUGACUGUCCGGAAGGGCAUCAGCGAGUGAUUAUGGGGUUUUUCCACUGUUGUUUUGAGUGUGUGCCCUGUGAGGCUGGCACAUUCCUCAACAAGAGUGACCCCCACAGCUGCCAGCCUUGUGGGAAAGAAGAGUGGGCACCAAAGGAAAGCCAGACCUGCUUCCCACGCACCGUGGUUUUUCUGACUUGGCAUGAGCCCAUCUCUUGGGUGCUGCUGGCAGCUAAUACGCUGUUGCUACUGCUGCUGGCUGGCACUGUGGGCCUGUUUGCCCGGCACCUAGACACCCCAGUGGUGAGAUCAGCUGGGGGCCGGCUGUGCUUUCUCAUGCUGGGUUCCCUGGCGGGGGGCAGCUGCAGCCUCUAUGGCUUCUUUGGGGAGCCCACGCUGCCCAUGUGCUUAAUGCGCCAAGCCCUCUUUUCUCUCAGUUUUGCCAUUUUCCUUUCCUGCCUGACAAUCCGCUCCUUCCAGCUGGUCUUCAUCUUCAAGUUUUCCACCAAACUGCCCAUGUUUUACCAAGCCUGGGUCCAAAACCACGGUGCGGGGCUGUUUGUGGUGAUCAGCUCAACGGCCCAGCUGCUCAUCUGUCUGACUUGGCUGGCAGUGUGGACACCGCUGCCCACCAGGGACUACCAGCGCUUUCCUCAGCUGGUGGUGCUUGACUGCACCGAGGCCAACUCAGUGGGCUUCAUGCUGGCUUUCGCCUACAACGCCUGCCUCUUGGUGAGCGCCUUCGCCUGCAGCUACCUGGGCAAGGACCUUCCCGAGAACUACAAUGAGGCCAAGUGUGUCACCUUCAGCCUGCUCCUCAACUUCGUGACCUGGAUCGCCUUCUUCACCAUGACCAGCGUCUACCAGGGCCAGUACCUGACCGCGGUCAACGUGCUGGCCGCCCUGAGCAGCCUGAGCAGCGGCUUCAGCGGGUACUUCCUCCCCAAGUGCUAUGUCAUCCUCCGCCGCCCAGACCUCAACAGCACGGAGCACUUCCAAGCCUCCAUCCAGGAUUACACCAGGCGCUGCGGCUCCUCCUGACCACCGCCCGGGGGCCUCGCGGGCAGGCUGGGCGGGAGAGGCUGAGAGGAGCCUGGGGCGAUGGAGGCCUCCGGGCUCCUGAACUUGGCUCCGGGAGUGUAAACCCGCGGGAGAGCCCAGUCCGCGCUCCAGGGCGCCAAUAAAGAGAUGAC